AUGUUAAAACAUCUGAAAGACGCGCUGGUUGAUAAACUUGACGAACAACGUACACAAGAACGUUAUUGUACAAUUAAAUGGGAAGACACAAGAAAAAUCGAAGUUAUCCUACAAAAAUAUGUCCGUUUACCACCAUCACAAGAUCCUGAAGAUAAUGUUACUUAUGCGAUUGAUAUUGAUGGUACAAAACGUUAUGGAAAAGUUCUUGCUCAUGGUACAAAACAACAUUGUGAAUUUAUUCAAUACAAAUUAUCACCUCAAGAAGCAAAACAUCAAGUUAAAGAUGUUUCUUCAGAAAAAUGUUCCGAACAUAUUGAUGAUUUAUUAUUGAUGAGUGUACUUGCAAAAUUAGUCAAUAAAGCUCAAUCCGAUGAUAUUAAUGAUGAUGAUGAUGUUCAUAAUGCACAAUGUGCUGUAUGUGGAAUGAAACCUAUUCGUCAUGUUGAUCGAUAUCAUUGUUUAGAAUGUACAUCACCAACUUAUGAUGUAUGUGGACGUUGUUUUGAAAGACGUCGUCAAACAGGAAAACAUUCAAAUGGUCAUGCUAUGAUUCAUUUUAAAUUACCAAAUGAAGUUUUAGGAAUAUAUUUUAAUAAUAUUGAUAAUGAAGUUAAUUUAUCUAAAUUAAGAAAUUUAGAUACACUUCGAUAUGAACAACAUAAUGGUAUAAAAUGUGAUGGAAUUUGUUAUAAAAAAGAUUUUACUGGUUUACGUUUUAAAUGUGAUACAUGUCCAAAUUAUAAUUUAUGUGAAACAUGUGCAAUUGAUAAACAUGUUUGUACGAAAAAUCAUGAUAGAGAUCAUCCAUUAAUUUUAACUUCAAAUAGAGUUAUGCCAAAAAUUGAUCCAGAUGAUAUUGAUAUGGGAGAAGUUUUAGGUAGAGGAGGAUUUGGUUAUGUAUGUAAAGCAAUAUGGCGACCAAAAAAUCGUCAAAUAGCUUGUAAAGUAAUUGAAAUAUCUGGUGGAUCAUCAGCAUCAGAUCCACUUCAUCGAAGUUUUCUUCUUGAAUUAGCUGCCUAUAGAGAAUUAUCAGGUCCAUAUAUUCUUCGAACAUAUGCUUAUGCAACACGUGAUAUACCAGCAAAUCGUAAUCGUGGAGCAAAAACUCAAUUUAUGAUAUUAAUGGAAUUAAUGGGACGUGGAAGUUUACAAAAUCUUCUUGAAACACAACCAAAUAAAUUAUCAUUAAGACGUAAAUUAGCUAUGUCAAGACAAAUAGCAUCAGGUAUAAGACGUAUUCAUCAACAUGGAAUGAUACAUCGUGAUAUUCGACCUGAUAAUAUUCUUGUUACGGAUAAUUAUGUUGCAAAAAUUGGUGAUAUGGGUAUUGCUCGUGUUCUUGAUCCAACUGGUCAACAAACUCAAUUAGGUUGUAUACAAUUUAUGCCACCAGAAUUUUUUCGUGAUGCAUCUGAUGGACAUGUUAAAUGUGAUGAAAAAUUAGAUAUAUUUACCUAUGGUCUUACAUUAAAUCAAUUAUUUACAGAAAAAAUGCAUGAUUUUCGUUUUGCUUCACCUGUACCACGUAUUAUAAUAACGAAAGAAAGUCCUAUUUUUUAUGAUGAUAUUAUAUCAAGAUGUUUAGAUGAAAAUUCAAAACGACGACCAACAGCUAUUGAAAUUGAAAAAACUUUAGAAUUCUAUGAAGAAGCAUUUUCAAAAACAAUGAAUUCAAAUUCUUAUACAAAAAUGAAUACACCACAAAAAGACAAAAUUUUUAUUGAAUUUUAUGAAAAUAAUAAAAUAAAGAUGCAACAUUUUGUUAAAGAAAAAUUUCCUCAACAAUUCAUUCAAGAAAUUCCAAUUGAAUUUUCAAAUAAACAAAGACAAUCACCAACGUCUAAUGAACAGUCGAAUGAAAUUUGUCGAGUUAAUUAA